UAGUGAUUCGUGUCGAAAGUGACGCGGCUUCAAAGAAGUGUUGCGAAUGCACGCCGAUUUCGGCUAGGGAGAUUAGAUAAGAUGUCAUCCUGUGAUUGGCCAUGGAAUUAUCUACAACCAGACAGUCGUCCUCGCGUUUCUUGUCAUCAACAUGAACCCAGAUUCGCAUGAUACCGCAUUUCUGAUGGACGGUAGAAAGAUGCACGGCGAAUUUUCGCCGUGCGAGGUUGGCGGCUGGCUCACAAUGGCAUCGGCCCGACUGGUACACAGGACUGUGGCCCGGCUGCAUGCACCCCCGGUGAGACCAUUCAGAGGACUCCAUGUAGCGCCCUCAGAUCGGCGACGUUGGGUUGUAAUGACAGCGCAAUAUGCACUUCUUCGAGACAUAUGCUGCGGGGCGGAGUUGGUGUUCCAGAUCACAAAUUUCUCUUCUUGCACCUUCCUUUGUAGACAAGAUGCAGAUGUCUGUGCCAUUGUGCAUCAUCAAAGCGUUAGCUCGCUUGUCUGCAGGCGCAGAAGUCGUUCGAGGUUAGCAUUCAGGAACCAGUGCGGCUAUUCCGCACUUCACGUGCGAAUCCCGGCCUUUUCCGCCUCAGACCAGCGCCACAACCUCACUACGGCUUGAUGGCUGGCAGAGCGCGGAAUUGCGAUAGAUGGAGCCGUCUGCCUGGCGCCCGCGAGUCAACCGGGUCGUUCGAUGGAUUGGACAGGUUAACACUGACUCGCUAUCAUUAUACCCGAUGGCAAUAGGUGCACUGCGAUUUGAAAGGCAUGUG